AUGGAUGCAAACAUCUUCAAGCAGCAAUACGCUGACAUGGUCCGGCAAUAUCUCCAAGACAUCUCGUUCCAGAUCCUGCCCGUGACGACAUACGAUCAGCUCAUUGAAAAGGCCGUCGUCCAUUUCUUCCAGACGCGGGGCUCUGAUCCUACCUCGAUCGACCACAUGAAGCCCAUUAUUGAAGCCGCGGCUUGGAUCUCAACGAGCACAUACCGCUUUGUUCCGACCAACGUAAGGGAGACAAUUGCCGUCUUAGACGACUACUUCCGCGAGCAAGCCCAUGAUGCUCGUCAUGGGUGA